GCCGCGGCGGUGGCUGAGCGGUCGGGCGGGACGGGUUUUGCGGCAGCGCCGUCUUCGCCGCAUCCCGGUGGGGAGGACCCCGUCAGCGAGCAACGAGAGGCCGCGGCCGUGCCCCGCUCGCGUUGCGUGGCGGCGGGCGGGCGGCGCGUGCCCGAGGUCGCGGGAGGAGGUGGCGGGGGAGGUCCCGGUCUCUCUCCGUGCCCGCGGCACCAUGAAAGCCGUGAGCCCCGUCCGGCACCCCGGGCGCAAGGCACAGCCCGCCGGGGCGGGCGGCGGCGGCGGGCAUCCGGCGCUGCGGUGCCUGGCCGAGCACAGCGGCUGCAAAGGGGGCGAGGAGCCGGCGGCCCUGUGCCUGCAGUGCGAUAUGAAUGACUGUUACAGCCGGCUGAGGAGGCUGGUGCCCACCAUCCCGCCCAACAAGCGGGUCAGCAAAGUGGAGAUCCUGCAGCACGUCAUCGACUACAUCCUCGACCUGCAGCUGGCUCUGGAGACGCACCCGGCGCUGCUCCGGCAGCCGCCGCCCGCCCUGCACCCGGGCGGUUGUCCCGCGGGCACCCCGCGCACCCCGCUGACGGCCCUCAACACCGACCCGGUAAGAGGCUGGCUCUGUUAACAAGCCGGGGGACAGCAUCCUCUGCCGCUGAGCGCCGCUACCCAGGUGAGUGCGGGCGUCGGGGGCGGUGGAGCCGGGGAACGCGGCGCUGGGCAGGGGCUGAGCGCGGCCGGGAGCCUGGCGGCAGGCUGGGGGGGUUUGUUUCUCAUUUACGGGGCGGGCUUUCAUUCUUCUACCGAUGAGCUUUUAUCACAGCCCCAGCCCGCGGGCCGCGGCUGUGUGUGUGUGUGAAUGCGUGUGUGUGUAUGUGUGACCCGGGGCAUCGUGGAGUGCCGCUGGCGCCAGCCCGUCUGGAGCGGGUCGGCUCACCCCCUUGUGUGCCUUCCUUCCUUCCCACAGGUGCGCGGCGGGGGGCGGGCGGGGCGAUGCCCGUCCUGAGCCGCUCCCAGGCUCCGGCCGGCCCCCGUCUCCCCGUGCGCGCUUCCCCGGCCCCGCUGCUCUUCUUUCCCCGCGGUGGUGGCGGUGGGGUCGGACCGAACAGGAGGAGCGGCGGCUCUGCCCCGGGACCGAGUGCGACGGAGGGAUGAGCACGGCUCCACCGCGCAGCGCUGCCGACCUCCGGAGCGCAUAUAGAUAGACCUCGUCUAUUGUUUAAAAUAGAUGGCUUAUGGGGCCCGGGAACUUUUCUUCUCCCUGCAGGAAUGUUGCAUACUGUACAGAGAAACGAGUGACAUUUCAUACUGUGUACAUAGAGAGAUGUUCUAUAAGUGUGAGAAAAGUAUAUGCUUUAAUAGACUACUGUAAUUAUAAAAUAUUUUUAAUUAAAUAUUUUUUUGUAAAUAUGAUAAAAGUGUGUAUGUUUUUUUUAAAAUCUGUGGGAAUCUCUCUUUAGAAGACGGUAGCUCGGUGUGGAGCUCCGGUAUGGAAAUAUCCCGUAUGCGUAGGGCUUCUUUGUCCCCAUGUCCCUUAGCCUCGGCUGUAGCGGUGGUCCUGCAUGAUUGCAUGCCAUGUCUGAUUGCAAAUAAACUUGUUCCGACUCAUACAGAAGUGUUUUCCUCAACCUAGACUUGAAAUGUUUGUAAAUGUAUUAUACAUGGAGCCUCCGCUUGUGUCACUUAGCACAGGGGGGUUUUGGUGCGUUCUAUACGCAUAGGAGUAGGAUGUAGUGGUUUUUUUUACUGCGAAUGGACAUUCUAUCUACUUUUUGCAUUAUGGGGCGAUGCUUUAGCUCUUAAUCGGCUCUUUUUUAAAAUCUGCUGUUGCAUCAGAUCAAGAAAUUUGCUCUGGAACUUUAGUACCAAAAGGUUUUUUUUGGGAACCUGCAUUCCUAUGCUCUUACUAACUGCUUGAAAAGCGAAAACAGUUCCCUGCUUGCAACCAAAGGGUAACCCACAAACAAAACCAGUCACUGUUUUCUUCAUCCAAAGAGUAUUAGUGGGGGACUGUGGGAAGGCGUAUGGGCAACACCGUUACCAUCAGCGGUGUGAACUCAUCUGCAAUGAGCUUAAGUAGACCAAAAAAUCAGAACUGUGUCAAGAUUAUUUUUCUAGCACCGAGUAACUUUCGUUUCACUGCAGCUAUGUUACAGCUAAAAUCCUGUUUAAUCUCUGUGAUGUGUAAUUACUACAUGUGAACAUUAAACUAGAUUUACCUGUCUUUACCUGUGAUUCUUCAGCUUAUUUCUUCAAUUCUCUGAGUUUGCAUGUUCUCUUUGCUUUUUGUUUCGUAUAUACUGUUUGAUGGGCAAAUGCAUCCUUGUACCCCCGUGUUUGCUGAGUGCCAGGCAGUGCCUGGGCUGGGUGGAAGAUGCCUGCUUGGUGUGUUCAGCAGCCCGUGUGCUUCUGAGAUGGGGUUUUCAGAAGGGGAGAAUUAAGUAGGGUUUAAUUGGGUGCUUUGUAAAUAGUUAGCCAACUGUGUGUGUAACAUGGGCUGUUUGACUGGAAAAAGAGGAUUUGUUUCAGAUUAUACAAGUGUCAAAAGUACCGU